ACGAUGCUGUCCGAAGUGGAGGAGCUGCCCUCGGUGCAGCUUGGCGAUUACGUGCUGCGCUUCGAGCUGGAAGAUUUGACACCGUUCGGCAAGGAGGUGGCCCAGAAUGAGCUACGGGAGACACCCGAAACACGUGUUGCCGCCAUCGAGGAGCUGCGGACGUUACUCAAAGGAGUUGAAGGUCUGGUAGUCCCGCUCGACAAUGACGACUGGAUGAUUCGCUUCCUUCGUCCUUGCAAGUUCUACGCCAAGAGUGCAUGUGAACUGAUUCAGCGAUACUAUCAAUUCAAGAUCAAGCACUGGGACAUGUACAACGAACUAAUGCCAUCGAAGGAGGCCAACAUCUUCAAGCAGAACAUCCUGGCUGUGUUUCCCAACCGUGACCAGCUUGGACGCCGUGUGCUACUGCUGGAGCUGGGCAAAAACUGGAAGCACAAGGAAGUGUCGCUAGACGAGGUGUUUAAGGGGUGCGUGCUGUUCCUGGAAGCGGCUAUGCUCGAGCCCGAGACGCAAGUGCACGGUGCGGUAGUUAUCUUCGACAUGGACGGACUAACGCUCCAGCAAGCCUGGCAGUUUACGCCUCCGUUCGCCAAACGUAUCGUCGACUGGCUGCAGGACGCCGUCCCGCUACGGAUCAAGGGAAUCCACAUCAUUAACCAGCCAAAGAUCUUCAACAUGGUGUUCGCCCUGUUCAAGCCGAUCCUGCGUGAGAAGCUGCGCAGUCGCAUCAUCUUCCACGGCACCGACCGGGAGUCGCUGUAUAAGCACAUCUCCAAGGAAUGCCUACCGGCGGCGUACGGCGGAACUGUGGAUGCACCGCGAGUGCAAGGCGAACAGUGGUACGAACUGCUGCUGAAGUGCGACAACGAGUACAAGGAGAUCAACAACUAUGGCUACACGCAGCAGAUCGAGGAAUUGCGCAACAAGAAGAACAAGAAAAAAUGAAUGUAGAAACGGGAGCAUACUCAAGUUAACCAAUGGGAGGAUUAUCCUUCAGCUUACCGUGACAGAAGCGUGCACAUUCACCAUGUGAUGCAGAAUUAUUCCAUCGACACCACAUGUUCACAAAAAGGCACCACCGCUUUAACAAAACCAAGUGCUCAAAAGCUCCCAAUUUCCCACAGGGAUCUCGCAUUACACUCGACGUGGUUUCUGCCAAUAAUCAACCCGCCGAAACAUUGUUUAAAGGGUUCAGGUUUUCACAAUCGCCGGAAUGCACAUUCCGCCCUAGAGCACACAGACAUUAAUGUAAAGCGUAAUCACCGUAAGCUACAUAUUGGGUACAAACGUGAACUUUUUAGCAAGAUAGCAUGCACACAGAGGGCUCGAUUGGUGUAAUAGUAUAGUUUUUCGAUUAAUGGGCGGCGUUUCGAUGCUGCACAGACUCUCUUCGCUUUAGCGUACAGUCGUGAACGGAAGACUGUUUGUGGUUCGUUCAUGUGAGUAAAUCUACUGUUAAGCAUAUUGUAGCUAAGAAUAGAUGGUUAAGAGAGCAAGUAAAUAAACAUGAAA